AUGGAAUCCAGUUUGCAGGACACGUUCCGCAGACACAAUUGCAUAGAUGAACUGGCAGCGAAACCUGAUGAGCCUCCACUAAUAAAAGGCUGGAUUCCUUACAUUGGAAAGCUUCUGGACUUCCGAAGAGAUCCCUUCACUUUCUUAAAAACCAUGCAGAAGCAACAUGGUGAUGUCUUCACGGUUCUCAUUGCAGGAAAAUAUAUAACAUUUAUUCUGGACCCGCUGGAUUUCCACUUGGUAACAAAAAACCAGAAACAAUUAAACUUCAAAAUAUUUGGUAGUACACUGUCAUUUAAUGUGUUUACCAUCAAACUGCUAUUAUCCAGUCAAGAGCUGAGACAUGAUAUUCAUACCUGCUAUCAGUAUCUGCAAGGCAAAUCUUUGGAUGUGCUCCUUGAAACCAUGGCACAAAAUAUAAGGGACACUUUUGAACGUGAGUUCUUAAGAGCCCAAAAUUGGAAUACAGAGGAAUUGUUUGCAUUCUGUACUUCAUUAAUAUUUGAGGUUACAUUUACAACUCUGUAUGGAAAACCUCGUGGUGCAGAUGGGAAAAAAAUUAUCUGUGAGCUAAGAGAUGACUUUGUUCAAUUUGAUGACAAAUUCCUCCACUUAGCAUCAGGUAUACCCAUUGAGCUUCUGGGAAAUAUCAAGUCUGUGCAGAAGAAGUUUCUAAACUACUUUGGACAAGAAAACGUAGCUAAGAUGCAAGAAUGUGCACAAGUUGUUCAAAUGAGGCAAGAUGUACUGGAGCAUUACUAUGACCCCAGCAAUUUAGAAAUAGGAGCACAUCAUUUUGCCUUUCUCUGGGCUUCGAUUGCAAACACUAUUCCAACUAUGUUCUGGGCGAUGCAUUAUCUUCUGUGGCACCCAGAAGCGAUAGCAGUGGUGCGUGACGAGAUCAACCGUUUGCUGCAGUCAACAGGUCAAAAGAAAGGGCCUGGAAUUUGCAUCAACUUCACCAGAGAACAAUUGGACAGCCUGGUCUACCUCGAAAGCAUUGUUCUUGAGACUCUACGAUUGUGUUCAUAUUCAGCCACCAUUCGUUACGUUGAAGAGGAUCUCAUUCUUCCUUUGAAGUCUGGGGAAUGUAAUUUGCGAAAGAGAGACUUGGUAGCCAUCUUUCCUCCAGCCUUACACAGAGAUCCCGAAAUCUUUGAAGAACCAGAGGAGUUCAGAUAUGAUCGCUUUGUGGAAGAUGGUAAGAAGAAAACCACCUUUUUCAAAGGAGGAAAAAGGCUGAGUGAAUACGUAAUGACAUUUGGAUCUGGGGUCUCCAAAUGCCCUGGUCGAUUUUUUGCCGUUUCUGAAGUGAAGCAUUUGUUGUUUAUACUUGUGACUAAUUUUGACAUUGAAAUAAUUAGCAAGAAACCUGCAGAAUUAAGCAACAGUCGCAUGUUGCUGGGAAUCCCACAUCCAAAAUCAGAUGUUCUUUUUAGGUAUAAGAUAAGAUCUUAA